AUGAGAGCUAUGCACGGGACAGUUUAUUAUGUUGCCCCCGAAGUAAUGGAUGGCAAGUACAACCACCUCUGCGACGUCUGGAGCAUAGGGGUGAUAGUGUACAUGUUGCUGUCUGGGACUCCUCCUUUUGGGGGCAAAACAGAUUUGGAAAUAAUAAUUAAAAUUAAAAGAUGCAGUUUGACAUUUGAUGGUCCUGGAUGGAAAGGGGUUUCAUCUCUCGCCAAGUCCUUCAUUUCUGCGCUGCUCAAGCGAAACCCUCGGGAGCGGCUCACUGCAGCACAGGCGCUGCAGCACAGGUGGUUAGCAGCAACAGAAACAGAAUUAAGAAGUUAUCCAAUUGACAUUCAAGUUUUGAAAAGCAUGCAGAGGUUUGCGUCCUGCACCACCAUUCAAAGAGCGGCCCUAGGGCUAAUUGCUUUGUCUAUGCCGAGCAAAGAUUUAGACGAAUUGGAAAAGCUUUUUUGGGCUUUAGACCAGGAGGGCACAGGAACGAUCAAGGUCGAGGGUUUAGUGGACAUAUUAGUCACCAAGCUCAAAAUCCCAGAGGCGGAGGCGCGCAGGAUUUUCCACCGCAUAGACUUGACAGGGGACCAGGAAAUAAACUACAGCGAGUUUUUGGCUGCGACGUUUCAAACCCAAGUGUCCCUGAGUCAAUCCUUGAUUAGAGAAGCUUUCGAGAGGCUGGACGUGGACCACCGCGGCCAAAUUAGCCUCGAAAAUCUGCGGCAAAUUCUGGGGGACUCUUAUGGAGGGUUUUUGGCGGAAGAGAUUUUGGCCCAGUGCGACAUUAAGAAGAAUGGAGUUAUUGAGUUCGACGAGUUUAUGGUGGCUCUUGUGGGCGCGGAAACCCUCGAGAAGGAAAAUUCUUCCCUCAAACUGCGUGGGCCAGAGGAGGCUGACCUG